AUGGAAGAUGUGUGCGAGAACAUAGCAGUUCACAGUUGGAAGGUGAUGAAGGAAGACCAGACGGCCGUCGGACCAUAUGCCUACAAGGAGGGUCAAUGGGUCGGGUACGACGAUGAGGACAUCGCAAGGCGGAAGGCGCAAUACGUGAGGGAGGAGGGUCUGGGGGGGAUCAUGUUUUGGUCCGUGGACAACGACGAUUUUCGGGGACUUUGCAAUGGCCAGCAGUAUCCGUUGAUCGAGGCCUCCAAAGAGGCUCUCUUUCAAAAGGGGAAGGAAAAAAAUACCACUCCAUCCUCAUCGUCAACUUCCGGCCAAGACAGGAGAGCGAACGCAGCGGACUUUUCGUGCAAGGAUGAGGGGUUCUUCACGCACCCAAAGGAGUGCACCAAGUACUUCUGGUGCCUCGAUACUCCGGCCCUAGGAUUGGUGUCUCAUCUCUUCACCUGCCCUUCCGGACUAUACUUCAACUCGAUUUCCGGCUCGUGCGACUUCCCCACGAACGUGAUCUGCCUGUCCAGCAUCAGAAAGGGGGAGGAUAAGUCGACGACGACGUCCCGUCCCAUCCAGCCCACCACCACCCCCUACAAGGGCCCGCCACCGGACGAAGAGGGGGAUCAUCCGAGCAGGAAGGGUUACGUCUUGCCGUCGGACGAGGAUCUCUUCGGAACCCCCGAGGGGAAGCCCACCGACCUUAAGCAACUCCUAUCCCUCAUCAAUGACCUUGGUACCUCCCACUUUCCGAAGGUCAUAUGGUCAUCACGCGCUCCAUAUGGUGAUCGGUACUCUUUCUUUCCCACGCCAUUUCCAGGUGGGGUUGAUGCGGUGAAGGAUAUUCUAGUCCCAGAGGAAAGGGAACGCCCUGCCCACGAGGAAGCCAAACUCCAGCGAGGACCCCAGUUCGUGCCACCGUCGCGGGCGAGGACGGAGACGAGAGAGGAACCCGAAGAAGAGACAGAGGAUCCUUCUUCCUCCCCUUCCAGGGGGUUCGGAGGGGGACGGGGACCUCAAUACGUUGUCAUCGAUCGGCGACGGGAGGGAAGUGGAGGAGGAGAAGAAGGGCUGGACUUGGAAGAAGGGAGGCCGACAACAGAGGAACCGAGGAAACGGUUCAACCUGGAAUAUGUGACACUGGACAGGGGGAAACAACCACAAUCCACCACACCCCUGGCCAUAGCAGAAGAGGAAGAAGGAACAGCCCCCGUCGAUGUGGACCAGGAACCACUCUUUCCUCAGUAUGUUACCAUUCGAAGACCAAAGCCUCUCGCUCGUCCGGACGAGCUGGAGGAAACGGACGCUGAGCGGGGACAGCCACAAGUGGAAGUGGAACAGCCGCUGGAGGAAGUGAGACGACCUCUAGAGGAAGAGAAACGACCUCUAGAGGAAGAGAAACAACCGCUAGAGGAAGAGAGACAGCCCCUAGAGGAAGAGGAACCAGAGGUAUCGUUGAUGGUGUCGGUGAAAGAAACCGUGCGCACCGAGGACGGCCAGGAGAUUUUCUCGAGCCGUCAGGAACAAGUGCUUGACAUUUCAUCGACGACCGAAGCUGCAUCGGAGCCUACCAGAGGAGUACCGGUCAGAGGAUCCUUUCAGACGAGAACCCGACGUCCGUUCGUUCCGGUGAGGAAUCAAACUCCAGUGAAGAGACGUCAGGAGAUCGUAGCACCGUCGCCGUCGUCUACGACGGAAGAAUCCCCUCCGACUUCGACGACCUCCGCCGUUCGGGUCUUGUCGCGCCCCGGUGUCAGAACCCGAAGACCGUUUCUCCCUUCGCUGAGGACGAGGUCGACGACGGCUAAGCCGACGGAAGAAGAAUCCCCUCCGUCGUCCCCGAGAAGACGCACCCUGUUCCAGAACCGAUUCCAGUCUCGGUCGAGAUCGACCGAGGCUCCUCCAUCCACCACCGAAGAGAUCGCCGUCACCACCACUGAAUUCUUCCACCCGAUUGAAGAGGUGAAGACAUCCAUGGCGUUCCACGUGGAGACAGAGACGGAGGUCCAAGCGAAGACGAGCGAAAAGACGGCUGGCGUCGCCAAACGCAGACGAGAGGAGCGACUGACCGCUCCCGUCGUCGUUCCGCUCGUCGGGGAGUUGUCCGAGAUCGAGAUCGCCGAGCCCAGUCGUCACCAACCGGAGAGAGAGGAAUCUUCGACCCAGAAGGAAAAUUCUCUUCGCGAAGAGGAAGACGUCGCCGUGGAGGCAGGGAUCCCGACGGAAUUCGUGGUGACUUCAAACGGUGGAGUGACCAUCCCCCACCCGGACGUGACGUCUGCGUUCCAGAGGGACGAAGGGGCGACCCGGUCCCGGAUCGUCACCCGAAAGAGACCGCUCGCCGUCACCCGCACGACCCCGCUCGAGGAACUUCGAGAAACCACGUCUCCCGUCCGGGAAACGAGCCGACAGUCCUUCGGCGUGACGCCCGAUUUCGGGGUGUUUUCGAGCGACUCGGAGAAGGAGUUCGUCCGUCGACGGUCCCGACCGACGACGACACCGGAGCCUCAGGUGGCAUCGGAGACGGGUCGACGCAAGGAUCCAGACCAGUCUGGCGCCGAAUUCCUCUUGUCCCGGGUGCGCAAUCCCGACGAGAUCGUCCGAAGCCCCACGACUCAGAUCGCACCCACGGCUUCCUCCUUCUCCGACUACGACGACUUCUACGACUACGACUACUCGAACAAGGACCUGGGAACGGGGAACAAGUUCCUGGAAUACUACUCCGGUGUGAUCAACCUGGACCGGAAGAUCCGAAUGAUGGAAGACGGGAGGAUCAAAUGCCUGGACGCCGGGCUCUUCCCGCAUCCCAACCACUGUAAGAAAUUCAUCUCGUGCGUGCGGAUGAAGACGGGAAAGAUGCGGGGAUGGAUCUACACGUGUCCGUCUCAUCUCGCCUUCGACCCCAUCGGCGGAAUGUGCAAUUGGAACGAUGCCACCUUCUGCGGCGGGGCCGCAUGA